AUGCAAAAAAUGAAUUCAAUACUCAGAGUGAGAAUACUGCCCAUAGAGACGGACAUAAGCAAAAUUAUAGUUACAAAAGAGUCUAAAGUAAUAGUACCGGUUAUAGUAGACGGGUACACGCUGAUUAGUGAAUUAAAAAAUGGGAGACUAAUAAUUGGCGUGGCAAUACAUACUAAAAAUGAGUUGAAGGAUUUUUCUUGUUCUGUUCUAGGAUACCGCAGCAUAGAAGAGUGUCUUAAAGCAUUAAGUAUUUCUGAUAGCCAGAUAAAUAAUAUAAAUGUGGCCUAUGACACUGCAGUGAGUAUCCCAGAGGAAGAUAUGAACUGGGAAAUAACACUGAAGUAUCUUAAAUCCAUGUUUAAUGACAAUAAUGCAGUAUAG